GAUCUUAUAAAGUACAAGGUGACAGUUUGUCUCGUCCUACAUUCACUGACUGCCACUGUGUGCGAUAGCCGCUAAUCCGGACCCUCCGAAAGCCGUAACAAACCGCUCCCAGCCAUGUAUGCCUGCGCCAAGUUCGUCACCUCUCCUGCUGUGCUGCGUGGGGGGUCCAGAGUCCUCGCCCGGCCCGUCUCCGUCUCCCUCUUCAACAGACCUGAAGCUACAGUGGAGCAGCAGGCCCUGUUGCCAGUCAGCCAGUUUGCAGUCCUGAGCCGGUCCUUCCAGACCAGCGCCGUCUCCCGGGACAUCGACACUGCCGCCAAGUUCAUUGGUGCUGGCGCUGCCACAGUGGGUGUGGCCGGCUCAGGAGCUGGAAUCGGAACAGUGUUUGGCAGCCUCAUCAUCGGCUACGCCAGGUAAAGUUCUAACUAGUUAGCCAGGUGCAGGACUUUAUCCACAGCACCCUGAAGUGCUGCUCAGUGUUUACAGCCGUGACAAUCACUGUCAUCUGUUUGGAACGGUUGUUUGAGAGCCAGUCCCUGGCCGACUUUUUUUUAUAUGUGUGUAUGUGUAUGUGUGUGUGUAUAUAG